AUGGCUACGACCGCGACCAACCCUGGGCUCCCGCGCACGGACUCGAAGCCCAACACGCAGCGCCACGAGUCCACCGGCGGUAAUUCUGCUGGAUCACGACCUGCCGCCGUGAAGAAAGCAUGGGCUCAAGUUGCAACGGGCACUCCCGCUGGCACCGCCUCUAACACAACCCGUUCGCCUUCUAUUGGCCCUCAGUCACGCUCUGUUUCCACUGGAGCACCCGACGGCCCUCGCGAAACCGACACUCCUCAGAAGCACAUGCACGACCGUCUUCUGUUCUUGAUCAUUAACCUUGUGGGAACUCAAGUAUCUGCUACCAUCCGCAGCGGAGCACGCUUUUCUGGUAUCUUGUUGAGCGCGAAGACCGAGGGUGAUUUCGGUGUUGUCCUGAAGAAUGCCCGCCAGACGCAUGCCGCUAUGGGAGACGAACCCCUGAAGGAGCAAAGCGAGGCUAAGUAUACUCUCAUCAUUCUCCCUCAGGAUUUGGUUGAGAUCAGAGCCGACAAAAUCGACUUGGGACAAGUAGCCGCCGAGAGUAAGAAUGGAGGGUUCCGUAUUGACACGGACAUCUCUGCGCGCCCUACUUCGACUACUCCGCUUGGGUCUGAGCGCGAGCUCACCCGUUGGGAGCCCGACACGUCGGAACUUGCUGGUCUUACUUUGGAGGAAUCCACUGCAAAGGCACCUGGAGGUAACUGGGAUCAAUUCGCGACUAAUGAGAAGCUUUUUGGCGUCCGAAGCGACUUCCGCGAGGAGCUGUACACCACGAAGAUCGACAAGAAUCAUCCUUUGUACAAACAACGUGAAGCCGCUGCAGCCAAGAUUGCUAGGGAGAUUGAACAGAGCACUGUUUCCGGCGCCCAUAUGAUGGAGGAACGUGGUUUGGCUGUUGACGACUCUGGUCUGGAUGAAGAGGACCUGUACGGUGCUGUUAUCCGUGACUCUCUUCCUCAGCGUACCGCUUCGCAGAGUAACAGUCAAGGCGCAGAGGCAUUGAUGAAGGAAUUGGGCAUGAGAAGCGGGAAGGGAGACAGAUACACUCCGCCUGCGCUCCGUGGGCCUACCGCCACAGGUGCUGGAGUACCUGGACAGCCGAUCGAUCCGGCGAUUAUCAGCGCGAAAAUGGUCAAGCCCACACCCGCCAAGGAAGAAGAGAAGAACGAGAUUGUGCAGGCACCUGUCGUCGAGUCUACUGACAAGGAAGUGGCUAAAGACCAGGAAAAGACUUCUGCUACGAAGGAUGGGAAGAUUGAGGCUGAAGUUAUCGGAUCUUUCAAGCAGUUUGUGAGCGGCGAGCGUGAGCGUCUCAACCAGAAGAAGCAAGCACUCAUGAAGAAGGAAAAGGAUGGGCGUUUGCAGGAUCUUUUGAAGUUCUCUCAGCAGUUCAAACUCCGCACACCUGUUCCGGAGGAUCUUGUCCCGAUCUUGGCUAAAGACAAAGCUAAACAGGAAGAGAUCAGGACUAAGGCGCAGGCCGCAACCACGUCCGAAGGAGGUGUUACUGUCAAGAAGGAACUUAAGGUCCCAAGUGUCGUGGCUGCCGUUGCAGCUGCUAGAGGAACCAGCCCUUUGCAAGUCAAGGGCUCCGAGACUGCUGCUACGGAGGAGGCACCUUUGUCACAGCGCAUUCGAGCUGGUCAGGAGAAAGACAGGCGAGCUGCGGCUGCCAACCAGGCGCCCUCGCCAAUCACGAGCCCCACACCGCUUCCCGUCAGCAUGGCUGAAGUACCGGAGUCUCCUAAGCCAACUCCCGCGGCCGCCGCGAAGCCUACUACCAAGCUCAACGUGAAAGCUGCGGAGUUCAAAUUCAAGCCCAACCCCAAUGCAGGUGCGUUUGUGCCCAGCCUUGCACCUCCUUCAUCUGUUCGGUCGCCACUAUCACCUCAAGCAUCUAUGCCAUCAAUUGCAGCCACUAGUCCUAUCAUGAGCAGCACAAUGACCAGCCCUUCCAGGAGCUUUGUGGCACCGCUGCCUAUCACGAACGACAAACCCGCAGCAUUCUUCGGCAACAAGAAGCCAAGGGUGGGCGACAGACCUAGGGUUAAAGACGCAUUCGGCCCCUUCAAGCGGACUGAGGGUGACAAGCCAGCUUCAAUUCCACCACCCUUCACAUUUGCUCCCAUUUGGCCCACAAGUGAGAAUGCGAAGAGCUACAAGGAUCUUUUCCCGAAGGAGAAGCAACCACCUCAGGCAAUGAUGCCCAUGCAGAUGACUUUCGAAGAUGAUUCACAAGAUCAGUUCCGUGCUGCAAGCAUUCCGGGAGCAAGCCCUCAUAUGCCGCCACAGCCAAUGCAAUACAUCCCUGCACAGCAAGCCAUCUACGGCGCACAGCAACCUAUGGGCGUUGCCUACCCCGGGCCUGGUGGGCCUCAGGGAGGUUUUGGUUACACCAUGCGUCCUGGCUUCAUGCCACAAGGUCCACCUGGGCCCCAGGGUAUGACUAUGGGGUACGCAGCACCACCACAGUUCGGUGGUCCUCAAGCAGGAAGCUUCGGUCAAUACCCCGGGCCACCAGCCGGCCAAGGUUACGUUCCAGGACCCCAACUCGGUCAAGGCUACCCCAGUCCUGGACGAGCUCCGCCACUCAUGAUGCACCAAUCUCCCGGACAGGCACCGGGACACCAAGGACAACCGCAAGCCAUGAUGGCGAUGGCUUUGGGAAUGCCGGUCAUGCCUGGACAAGCAUAUGGCUAUCCGACUCAGAUGCCGAUGAUGUACCCCAAUAUGGGUCAAAUGCGACAUGGUCCUCAAGGAGCUGGUGGGAUGCCGCCCGUGCAUCAAUCCAACUCCCCACUUAACAGACCGGGUCAAAUGCCCGGCAUGUCAGCACAUGGGCCUCUAGCCCAUGUAACUUCGCCUGCAGCAGGACAUACGCAGGAUGGGCCCAAGGAGGCGAAGUGA